AGUACGAAUUCCCAGUCAUUUCUCUGGUGCCAUGGGGGUUAAACAGUGGCUAGCCUUUCUGCUAUUGUUGCUGCUACUUAUAGGGGGUCUUGGGCAGCCCGUGUGGCCAGCCGUGGUGGCCCUGGCCCUACACUGGCUCCUGGGAGACCUCACAUGCUUUGGGCUGCUUGGUCUGGCAGUGCUGUCUUGGGCCUGGAUCAACCCCUGGACGUCCCACUGGCUGAGCCUGGCAGUUGCAGCACUUACACUGAUUCUGUUACCUCCAAGGCUGCCCUUGGAAUUUCGCUGGCUGCCUGCAGAUGUGGGAUAUGUGGUCAAGAUGCUCCGACUGGGCCUGAUCAUCAGGACACGCUUGAGACGAAGGCCUCCUGACACCUUUGUGGAUGCCUUUGAGCGGCGAGCACUAGCACAGCCUGACAGGGUAUCCUUGAUAUGGACAGGGCCCGGGACCUGCUCAGUCACCAUGGGCGAGCUGAAUGCUCGGGCCUGCCAGGCAGCCUGGGCCCUGAAGGCUGAGUUGGGUGGUCCUGAGGGCCUGGAUGCCACAGAGCCCGUGGCUCUCUUGGUUCAGGGCUCGCAGGCCCUUCCUGCUCUGAGUGUGUGGCUGGGGCUGGCCAAGCUAGGCUGCACAGUCGCCUGGAUCAAUCCACAUGUGCGGGGAGCACCCUUGGUGCACUCGGUGAUGACUUCGGGGGCCCAAGUGCUGGUGGUUGACCCAGACCUCCAGGAGAGCCUUGAGGAGAUCCUUCCUGAGCUUCAGGCCCAAAACAUCCGCUGUGUCUACAUCAGCCACAGGUCUCCGACCCCUGGUGUUGGGGCUCUAGGGGCUGCCUUGGAUGCUGCGCCCUCUGAUCCAGUGCCUGCUCACCUGCGUAAGGAGAUCACUUGGCGAAGCCCUGCCCUGUUCAUCUAUACCUCAGGGACCACGGGGCUUCCAAAGCCAGCCAUCAUCACUCAUGAGCGGGCACUGCAGAUGAGCACAUUGCUGUCCUUCUGUGGGGCGACAGGGAAUGAUGUGGUCUACAAUGUUUUGCCUCUGUACCACACAAUGGGGCUUGUCGUUGGGUUUCUCGGCUGCUUAGAACUUGGAGCAACCUGUGUCCUGGCCCCCAAGUUCUCGGCCUCCCGGUUCUGGGAUGACUGUCGACAGCAAGGCGUGACAGUGGUUCUGUAUGUGGGUGAGAUCCUGCGGUACCUGUGCAAUGUUCCCCAGCGGCCAGAAGACAAGACACAUACAGUCCGAUUGGCAACGGGGAAUGGGCUCCAGAAAGACGUGUGGGAAACCUUCCAGCAGCGCUUUGGUCCCAUUCAGAUCAGGGAAAUCUAUGGCUCCACGGAGGGCAACAUGGGCUUAGUCAACUACCCAGGGCGCUGUGGGGCUGUGGGCAAGACGAGCUGCCUUCUUCAAAUGCUGUGUCCCAUAGUGCUUGUACAAUUUGACACAGAGAAAGCUGAACCCCUAAGGGAUACACGGGGUUUCUGCAUCCCUGUGGGUCCAGGGGAGGCCGGCCUCCUGCUGACCCAGGUCCUAGGCCACAGUCCCUUCGUGGGCUACCGUGGUCCCCGGGAGCUGUCGGACCGGAAACUGGUGUGGAACGUACGGCGCUCCGGCGACCUUUACUACAACACCGGGGAUGUCCUGGCCAUGGACCGCGAGGGCUUCCUGUAUUGGCGCGACCGCCUUGGGGACACCUUCAGAUGGAAGGGUGAGAACGUGUCCACCAGGGAAGUGGAGGCCGUGCUGUCACGCGUGGACUUCUUGCAGGAAGUGAAUGUCUAUGGCGUUUCCGUGCCAGGGUGUGAGGGUAAAGUGGGCAUGGCUGCCGUGCAGCUGGUCCCUGGACAGGCUUUCGAUGGGCAGAGACUAUACCAGCAUGUCCGCACCUGGCUCCCGGCCUAUGCUACUCCCCACUUCAUCCGGAUCCAGGAUGCCCUGGAAAUCACAAGCACAUUCAAAUUGGUGAAGUCCCGCCUGGUGCGUGAGGGCUUUGAUGUAGGCGGCAUCGUUGAUCCUCUGUUCAUACUGGACAACAAAGCCCAGACCUUCCGGCACUUGACGGCAGAUGUGUACCAGGCAGUGUGUGAGGGCACAUGGAAGCUUUGACCUGGCUAGUCCACAAGACAUCCAAAGGAGCUGAGGCUAAUCCUGACGCCCCCCUCAAUACCAGAGGAUCACUUCCACCAGCGCAUUGUUAUCA